CCAGAACUUUCUGACCCGUUUCAGCUCCAGAACAAUGGCUGAUGGACCUGAGCGCUCGCUGCCCUCUGCUGGCCUCUGCAGCUUCCUGCAGGACGGGGAGGGCUUCAGUCCUCUGGACUCCAGCAGCGGCGCCGCGGUCCAGCCUUUCCCACGCUCGCCCAAACUACAGCGGAAGGCGGCCAGAGGCCCCCAGCUGUCCCAGGAGCUCUUAUCCCAACGUCUGGAGGAGCUGGAAGCUGAGAAAACCAAGACAGACGCCCACAUCCAGUCUCUGAAGAAACGCAAAGCAGAUCUGUCUCGCAGCACAGAGGUGAUGAAGCAUCAGGUGCAGGAACACUUUGAGAACAUGCACCGCGUCCUGAAGCAGGACCAGCAGGCCGUCCUGGACUCCCUGGACCUGGACCUGAAACAGACCAGGACCAGGCUGGACCAGAUCCUGAAGGACUGGCUGAAACACCAGGAGCAGGUGGUGAGGAGCAGCGGCAGCAUCCUGGCUGCUCUGAAGCAGACGCCCUCAGAGGGUCAGGAGGAGGUGGUCAGUCCUAAACGACCCGACGCCUCGGAGGAGCGAAUCAAGCUGGACAUCCAGAGAUUUGAGAAGCUCCAGAGAAGUUUGUCCUUCAUCUCCAAGCAGCUGAAGAUCCAGCUGCAGAGGAAGACGCUGCUGUUAGAUUCAUGGCCCACGGUGAUUGACAGGCAGACCAGCCACAGCCAGAUUCUGGUGACUCCAGAGGGGCGGGGCGCCGCCUUCUCCGCCGCUCCACGCGGCGUUCCAGAACAUCCGCUCCGCUUUGAUAAGGUCUGCUGUGCUCUGGGCUCCGCGCCCAUCACCGCAGGACUGAGUUACUGGGAGGUGGACGUCCGCUGCUGCUCCGGCUGGGCUGUGGGCGUGGCCUACAGCAGCCUUCAGAGGAAGGGCGCCGAUAAAGGCGCCCCGCUGGGCCGAAACAGGAACUCCUGGUGCAUGGAGCUAAAGAACAGGAACCUGUCGGCCUGGCACAACGACCGCCACAUGGCGUGCCAGGGCUCUGGGCGGAGCCUGCCGCGGCGAGUGGGGGUGAAGGUGAACUAUGAUAAGGGUCAGCUGACGUUCUACGAUGCAGACAAGAUGGCCGUCCUGCACAGCUUCUCAGCCGCUUUGACUCCCGUGUUCGACAGAGCUCACCACCAGUUCACCGAGCCGCUGCACCCGGCCGUACGCUUCCUGAACCCGGCUCAGAACCAGAGCUGGCCCAACCACCUGGAGCUCUGCUACUCCCUGUGACAGAGGGGAACCCGCCACGCCACAACGCCAUCAGCUGGCUGACCCACGCCAUGAGGGGUCCAUCAGAGACACCUGAUCAACGGAGGAAAUAUCGAUAAGCAGAGUCAGCAGUUGCUUACGGGUCCAUGACCUCUUAGGGGCCCCAACACUGACACCUGGUGGACCCCCGACACAACUGUAGACUAGGACGUCUCUUUGCAGAUGACCGGACCGUAUUUAUACGGCGCCACAUGGCAGAUUUCACCAUGAUGGUGAGCCGUUUAAACACGACACCAACAGCAAAGCAGACACUUUUAAUUACUAUGCUAA